GGGCACCCUGUGCCUGUCAGUUUCCAUGGGAACCCUGUAUCUCACCCACCCUUUCUCCACACAGAUCCCCGACCCCGGAGUCGAGAUGAUGAGCUGCGGCCUCCUGACCGGCUCCAAGAAGCCGGUGCCCCUGCGCAGCGGCUCGGUGACGGUGCUGAUCCGAGGCUUCGUGGCGGACGUGGGCUGUGAGCUGCUCUACAGGAACGAUGAGCAGGGACCCGUGGAGGCCGUGUUCGUGUUCCCCAUGGACGCCGAGGCGGCCAUCUACGCCUUCCAGGGGGCGCCUGCAUCCAGGCCCAGCUCCGAGAGAAGAAACAGAUGUCUCUGGCCGAGGCCCCCCCAUGGGACCGGGAUGUGGAGCUGCUGGUGUAUUACACGGAGUCGCACUAACCCAGCACGGUGCUGGAGGCCGGGCUGCCUGAAUCAGAGCCAGGAGACCCUGGUCCAGCUGUUGAAGAGUUUGCCCCUGGCGGUUAUUUCAGCAUCUACGGCUUUGGGUCUCCUUCUACCCCUCUUUGUGUUCACAGACGGGGAGGUGGGGAACACCCAAGACGUCAUUGCCGAGGUGCAGCGUCACCGGGGGGCCCACAGGUGCUUCUCCUUUGGCAUCGGGGAAGGGGCCUCCACGGCUCUGGUCAAAGGCAUCGCCCGGGCAGCAGGGGGUAGCACCGAGUUCAUCACAGGCCAGGACCGCAUGCAGCCCAAGGUGCUGCAGUCUCUGAAGCGGGCCCUGCAGCCGGCCGUGACUGGGAUCUCGCUGAGCUGGGAUCUGCCCCCCGGGAUGGAGGCGGCGCUGCUGGGCCGGGGCCCUGAGGUGAUCUUCCCUGGGCAGCGGUGCCUCAUCUACGCCCAGCUCCGCGGGCAGCCCCAGCUGAGAGAGCGAGGCCCCCGCCUCUAG